UAUAUUACAUGACAGCGGGGGUGGGAGGCAGAGUGAUGUGCGAAAGACAGAGUGAACUGCAUCCCAGAGCAACAUGGGACAGUGAAGGAGAUGGAAAGAUAGAAAGAGAUGAGAGGUUGGAGCAUGGAAUACAACUGGUGGUGAUGGCUGAAGAGGUUGCCGGCAAAUGCUGAGCGGACUGACAGUGACAUUGUGGAGCGAGGGUGGGAUUUAUUGUGCCGGAACGACAUAAUCAUUUCAAUUCUCCCAGUAAUAACAGGAAAUACUUGAGAACCACAGGUGGAAGAUCGGCUUUGGAACUACGGCGCAAAAAGAGAAUGAAAAAGUGGACGCUGAAGAUUUGGAGAGCAUCUGGACAUCAUUUCACGUUUGGUAGCCAAUAUAGUGCAGAAAACCGUGCUCACUUUUCUAUCUAAGACUCAGUUACAUUUGCAAUUUUUUUUGAAAGUGCUGCGCAGAUUAAUUAGCAUGAGAACAAUGUGUGGGAUCUAAAAAAAAUAAUUGAUAAAGUUAAAUUCAAAAACCUGUGACAUCAAGAUGCUAUACAUCACCACCGAUGGUACAGUAAUGGAGGCUCGACACUGGCAGAAAGGAUGGGAUUACCAGUCGGUACAACUAAUGCAUACCGCCAGGUUGGAAAUCCUGCCAAGAUGUUUGAAUCAUGUGGCCCACUGACAGCAUGGAGCCGGCGAUAGCACCCAGCAAGAGAAGCUUGUUCAGCAAGGUGGAUGUGCCCGACCACGCUCACUAUGUCUUCGCUGUCUUUGUCUUUGUUAUUGGGGCACUCGGCAUCACUGGGAACGCCCUGGUUAUGUUUGCUUUCUACAGCAACAAAAAGCUGCGUAAGCUGCCUAACUACUUCAUCAUGAACUUGGCGGUGAGCGACUUCCUCAUGGCUUUCACACAGUCUCCCAUCUUCUUCAUCAACUGCCUCUACAAAGAAUGGAUGUUUGGAGACAUGGGAUGUAAGAUCUAUGCUUUCUGUGGUGCCCUUUUUGGCAUUUCUUCCAUGAUAAACCUUCUGGCCAUCUCGAUUGAACGGUAUCUGGUGAUCACCAAACCACUGCAGACCAUGCAUUGGAGCUCCAAACGGAGAACAAUUUUUGCCAUCUUUCUCAUCUGGUUUUAUUCUUUGGCUUGGAGUCUGGCUCCUCUUGUUGGCUGGAGCUCCUAUAUCCCAGAGGGCCUGAUGACAUCUUGCACAUGGGAUUAUGUUACAUAUACAGCAGCUAACAGAAGCUACACCAUGAUGCUCUGCUGUUUUGUCUUCUUUAUCCCACUUGGAAUCAUCUUUUACUGCUAUCUUCGAAUGUUUCUUUCUAUACGAAAGACUGGAAGGGAGGUUGAGCGUUUGGGCACUCAGGUCAGAAAAAGCACUCUUAUCCAACAGAAGUCCAUCAGGAGUGAGUGGAAACUGGCAAAGAUCGCCUUUGUUGUCAUUGUGGUGUAUGUACUCUCCUGGUCACCGUACGCCUGUGUCACAUUGAUUUCCUGGGCUGGUCAUGCCAACAUAUUGUCUCCAUACUCCAAGGCUGUCCCUGCAGUCAUUGCAAAGGCCUCCACAAUCUAUAACCCAAUUAUCUACGCCAUCAUACACAACAAAUACAGGAUGACUCUGGCAGAAAAAGUGCCCUGUCUGUGGUUUUUGUUUCCGGCUCCCAGGAAGGAAUGCCUGUCCUACUCCAUCAGCGAUUCCUCUCUCAGGGACUCCAUCAUCAGUAGACAGUCCAACACUUCCCGGACUCAUUUCCUCAACGCUUUGCCCAACCGCAUCGAUAUGGUAUUGAAGGAUGUGGAGCUGGAACAUCUUCAGAGGAAGUCAGGAGACUCCUUCAAAAGCAUGUCAUCAUACAGGCAGUCAUACAGAGGCAGGUCCUAUAAGAGGCCAUCUGAGCAGAAGGUAUUUAACAAGUACACACCAGCGAAGCAACCACCUGCUAUGAGUGACCCACUGAGGACCCACAACCAUGACCUGGUUUCCAGCUCUCUGACCAUCGCCACUCUGCCGUUACUUGUUCUCACCAGGAGGCGGAGUGAGAGUUUGACCGAUGAGAUUUUACACACAUACAACGAGAAAAGUGACGUCAGAGAUCGGCUAAACAGCCAGAAGAGCAGCUCUUUUGAUUCCCUGAAUCUCGGGAAUAAACCCUUUGCUGAUCCCAGGUCGCCUCAGAGCAUUCCUCGCAUAAUUGUUAUCAGUCCGACCUCUGAAAGCGGCAUCAUCAAUCAAGAUGGCGUCCGAUUAGAAGACAGCAUCGAGGCAAUGGACAGCAACGUUUUUGUUAGUCUAAACUUCUCAACGGAAGUAUUUGAGGCAGUGAAACUACUCUCUUGACCACAUGGAUAUAUACAUGUUUAAUUUUGGACUAAAAGACAAUCAAAUGGACAGAGGUCAAGUUCCUAUCCUUUUUUCCCAGCGUGUUGAACUGUGAUCUCUCCUUUGCCACCGAAACGGCAGAGCAUAAGAAAUUUGGGAAAUUAAACAAAGUAUACCGUUUCUUGUGUAAAGUUCUCUUUGGCUGGGAAAGAUGUACCUAUAAAGGGUUGCUGCAUGUUUUCUCACAAAAAAAA